ACUUAUUCUGUCUACUCUAUUGGCACCCUUAGCGCUCUCUCUACUUCUAUACCACCCCGGUCCGAACAAAAAAAAACCUCCCACUCACUCACCAAACACAUCUGCACCAGUCGCAGUUCAACACCAUGUGCAAACACAUCCUCAAUGCCCAAGUCGCCAUUCGCUCUCCAUGCUGCCGCAAAUGGUUCGACUGCGCAGAAUGCCACCAGGAACAGGAACCGCAUGCUCUCGCCAAGUCUCCUGAGAUGACAUUUGCCUGCAAAAAAUGCAAAAAAUGCUUCCGCAAAGACGCCGCCGAGUUCGAGGAAAGCGAUGAAUACUGUCCCCACUGCGAUAAUCAUUUCGUGCUUGAGGCUAAGACGCCUAAGCCCGCGUUGCAGGUUGAGGGGGAUGAUGCGCGGAUGGAUAACAGGAUGCUGAAGGAUGACCGCGUGCAUUUGCCGGAGGAGAAAUCGAUCUUUAAUUUCAAGGAUUUGUCGGAUCGGAUGGGUUAGAUGGGUGUGUAUGUGUGUCGAUGUGGUUACGAUGAGACGAUUAUAUCCUUCUUUGACAUUUUUGGAGAUAUUUAGUACUGUGAUAUAGCUGUAUCAUAUUUAGAUUGUGACUGUUGAACUGGCAGUAUCAAGCAUAGACCAUUUCAUUGACGCUCUGAGAACAUCUAAUUAAAAACAAGUGCAUCAUAGAUAUCCCGUAUCUCAUCCAUUCAACAACAUCUACUCAGCAGACCGACUCGACUCCCCCGUCUCCCCACCACCAGGCCGCGUCAGAAUAGCAGCCGUAGUAGUACCCGUCCGACCUGUCUUCUUCUUCGCCGCCUCCUCCUGCUUCUCCGUCUCU